AUGCUGUUAAAGCCGCCGCAUACAACUUUCAAGUCACCAUAUAAUUUUCCUUGCCUCCACCCACUUGCAAAAUUUAGCUCUCCUGGUCAACCCCUCCCUUCGUCCCUCCCCCCCGCUCCCCCUACCCCCCCUUCCCCCGCCCUUUUCCCCACCCCCUCUCCUCAGCUGGAGGCGUUCCCCUACCCUGGGGAUUGUCGCACUGAGUGCAACGCCCUCCGUUCUUCCCUCCCCCUUCCCACUUCCAUCCCCCCCACCCCCUCUCCUCAGCUGAAGGAAAAGGGGAAGGGGGGGUAUUGUGCAAGAGGUGAUACGCGAGGGGGUGUUGGGGAAGGGCAAGGGGGUAAUGUGCGAGUGGGGUGGGGAUGUGUGGAGGGGGGUAACGUGAGUGUUGGAGGAUGUUUUGGAGCGAGCAGGGAGGGUGGCAGGGGCUUACUUGAUCGUGAGAUCAGCAUGGGUAGAGAGAAGACGAGAUCAGGCUUUCCAGAAACAGAUGUUGCAUAUCUCGUCUUCUCCCUACCCAUGCUGGUAUCCAUUAAUACACGGACGUGGCAGAGCUCCUCUACUCCCACGCAGGUGCUGCCUGACCCGUCACCUGUUCCACUCACAUCCAUCCCAUCCCCACCUCCAUCUCUUUUUUUCCUACCUCCCUUGCCCCGAUCUCCUCCCCACCAUCAGGUGAUGGGUUUCUCGGACACGGACGUGGCAGAGCUCCUCUUCUCUCACCCGCCACCAUGUAUCCAACACAUCCCCCUCACCUCCAGUCCCCUUCGUUGCCCCUUCCCCCCAUUUCUCCCCACCUACUAUCCCCACCAUCAGGUGAUGGGUUUCUCGGACACGGACGUGGCAGAGCUCCUCUACUCCCACCCGUCCAUCCAGGAAGCAGACUUCAAGAAACAGCUGUGCCACGAAAUAACUCCCACAUGCAGAAAGCAGCCGCCUGCCGUUCCCAAGGGUCGAAAGCCAGGGGAGGCGUUUCGGAGGAAGAGCAGCACGGAGGUGGAGAGGGAGCGGAUGAUGCGAGACAUGGAUUUUAAAUCUGAGAAGUACCGUGAAGAGAACCCUCGCGCCCCCCGCAUGCCCAAAAUGAAGCUGUACUCGCGUGACGACCUCUUAAAGAAGACGUCUGUAGGGGGGACGGGGAUGGGCGAGGAUGAGGAGGAUGAGGAGGAAGGGGAGGAGGAGGAUCCGGAGGAGAAGCUAAGGAACGAGUUGGGACCGGGGACGAAUGUCGACAUGGAGGCGAUUCGGGCUGCUUUGGAGGCUGCAGAUGAGAAGGAGAAGCAGCAGGAAGCAGCACUCAACUCCCCUCUUCGUCGAAUCUACAUCUCUUCGCAAGCCCUCAUUCAACGAGCCACUCACACCGGGACCACGCUCAUCAAAAUAUUCCAAGCCACUGCUGCUGGGAAGCACACGAGCAAGCUCAUUCGCCAGCUAGUGCAAGUCACUCGUAUCGAAGCUGCUUGUGAGGUGGUUAUUGCUACCACCAGGCCUGUCAUGGAUUCGGCGAAAGUGGCUCUCUUGUCCACUAAGGACAGCGAUUCCACCGUCAACGGCUUGGAGGCUGGCGUUCGCCGCCUCGGCCUUCCUACGGGGUCCAUUCUGAACGUGAACCGCAAGGGCGAUGACCUGCUGGAGAUUAACCUUCCGCGGAAUGGUUUUACCUCCCGUUGUCUCAUCCUCUACGCCUUUUUUCUGAUCUACGUGGCAAUUUUCGCCGUGUUCUUCGUCGACCUUGAUGUGCUCACUCCGUCCAACGCGGAUUUCUGCUCCAUGUGUCCCCUUAUUGGCCUCGGCUCAUUGGUCCUUAUUGUUUCCAUCGUCAUGGUUGUCAAGGCACUGACUCGCCGCCACCUCACCUUCACCCGCUCCGACUUCACCAUGACGUCAUCUUUCCUCGGCCGCAAGUGCGGCUGCCGCAAGUCCACCGUGCAGGGCAAGGCCUCCGACAUCAGCAAUGUCAAGAUCGUGGUCUCUGGGGGCCAGUUUGCCGGCUUCAUGACGGCCUGCGAGGUCUCGGAGGGCGUUCGCUCGCACCGCUUUGGCAUGAACCUGAGUGUGAGCGAGAAGCAGUACCUGGUGCAGGAGAUUGGCGACUUCCUCGCCUGCCCCUACUCCACCCAGGUCCAGCUGGCGUAA